AACAAAACAUUGUUUCUUCCAAAAAGUGCGGUACGAACUUUGCAAAACUAUUAAAUUAAACCAAAAAAUGGUUACCAAAGUUGCUGUAGUGACCGGAGCAAAUAAAGGAAUAGGUUUUGCGAUUGUCCGAGGCCUCUGUAAGAGAUUUGACGGCGUCGUUUACCUUACAUCCCGCGACGAAACUCGAGGUGAAAACGCUGUAAUCCAACUUGGCAAAGAGGGUUUGUACCCAAAAUAUCACCAAUUAGAUAUAACAAGCGUGAAAAGCGUUGAGAAGUUUCGCGAUUUUAUUAAGAAAGAAUACGGCGGCAUCGAUAUUUUGGUAAACAACGCGGCUAUUGCGUUUAAAAACAACGCGAAAGAACCGGUAGUAGUGCAAGCCGAACAGACUUUGUUCGUGAAUUAUUUCAGUCUGCUGUCUACUUGCGAGAUUUUAUUCCCUAUACUGCGCAAUGGGGCUAGAGUGGUCAAUAUAUCCAGCUCGUGCGGCCAUUUGACUCAAAUACCAAGUGUGGAGUUGAGGAAGAGAUUUAAAGACCCUAAUUUGACCAUUGAGCAGUUGGGAGAGUUGAUGCAGGAGUAUAUAGCAGCGGCUAGGAAGGGGACUCAGCUGGCGGAAUGGGGCAACUCGUCAUAUGUGGUGUCUAAGGUUGGAGUAACAGCGCUGACCAAGAUACAGCAACGAAUGUACAAUGAUAGAGAUAUAAAGGUGAACGCCGUGCACCCCGGCUACGUGGCUACAGACAUGUCAUCUCACAAAGGCCCGCUGACCAUUGACGAAGGCGCCUCAGCCCCGCUGUUCCUAGCCCUAGACGCCGGGGACUCCGUCAGGGGACAGUAUGUGUGGUAUAACAGUAAGAUCGUCUCUUGGGACGGGGAGAAGCCGGAAGGUUAAACUUUAACCUUUUAACCGCCAUAGAAUUUUACGUCGAGCGUGCUAGUGUCGCGGUAUGAAGUUACACUAAGUUCUGUCUUAUUUAUCAGACCGCGGCGAAAUAAGGCUGAUUUUGUAUGUCUUAUUAUAUCAGUCUACGGCGGUUAAAAGGUUAAUAUUCUGAAUAUAAUUGUCAUAACUGUGGUGAAGUUGUU